UCGACACUGCACCCUCAAAAAUUCCGAAAAUUUUUCAAUUCAAUUGGCCACGAAAUUUCUCAAAAUUCGAGAUAAAAUUUGGUUGACGGAGGACGCUGCGUAAAAACAAAAAAUUAACAACGUUUCAAGAAUUAUGGCGUCGAAUGAAUUGUGACGUUACAAUUCUCACCGGUUAUUUCAAAGUCGUGGUCUCCUCGAGCAGAGGUUCAAUGAAUUACUUUGACGAUUCAAUAAGGCCGAGAAGAAGCGAAGAGAGAACAAUGUCAUCGAGACUCGAACGUGUUCGAUGACACUCCUCAAUUCACGGAGUCGAAAGCUCUGAUGUAUUCAAAACAAAAAAACGAAAUUCCCCGUUUGGAUCAAUAAUUGUUAUAAAUGCUGUUGAAAAAGUGAAUCUUUUGUUUUCGUAGUGUGAUCCAUGAUGGAAUUUGUAACGUGAUAAUGAGAAACAAUGAGGGAAAAAUUUGAUACAGGGGUGAUAAACCCCGGGGUUUGUGAUGAAUGUUUGUGGAAUUUGUAACAGUGAAAAGUGAUGAAAUUCAAGAUAAAUAAUUGAGGAAAUAAAUUGGGUUGAAAGUGUAUCUGACGGGCUACAGGGUCGGAUAAUGAAACUGUGUUCUCUUCUUCUAUUACGCCGCGUGAAUUAAAAUCCUUUGAUUUUCCAUGGGACUCUUUGAAGUACGAUCAAUGCCCUCGCAGCUCGUUUUUACUCGCUCCAAUCCAUGGGAAUCAAUGAUACACGAAGGAGGUCAAUCCGUGAUCGAGUUCCCGAGAUUUUUCUCAGUUUCCCAUUCGAGUCGAUACCGACGAUAUCGGAGUCAAGGAGACGGCACUCCACGGUCGAAGGAUUCGGAUUGUGGGAAAAGCUGGUAGGGCUAACAUUGAAAAAGGAGCAAGAGGAAAAUUGUUCAAGUCCGGAAGAGCUUUGGGGAUAGACCGAGGGUGAAUAGAAGAGCGAUCGAGAGAGAAGUAAAGGGAUAUAAAAAAGCUGAAUCGGCGAGUGAGAAAAGAGGGGCGGAAAUUGAUUGUUUAGUGUCAGUGAGAUCGCACAAUAAAAAAAUAUGAAUAAGAGUGUAGUAAUAAUAUAAAAGUGGUAAAUAAACAAGGAGAUAAGGAAUGAGGAAAUAAAGAAAAAAAAAAGACAGAAUAGUACUGCCUAAAGAGAAGAGGAGGAGGAAAAAAUAAAUUGGAUCGUAAUCGUAAGGUGGAACACGAAGGUACGAAAGAAAAAUAAUAAUAAUUGGUUAUUGGGUGAUCGGUGACAGUGUUGGCACCACCCCCUUGCGCAGGGGUGUGGGGCAAAGUGUUUCGUCAUAGUGGGGGCUGGUGCUCGUCUGGCCCGUUGGCUCGCCCGGGGACUGGCACGUCGUAUAACGACAGUUUACGACGGCGGGGGCCCGUUACGAUUCACCGUAGCAGUGGUGGCUACCUCGGGCACGACACAGGGGUUGACCGUGGCGACGGGGGUGGAGCAUCAUCAGGAUGCUGUUUCGACCCCCUCCACGCGUCACCCUGCCCCAACCAUUAAUCCAAGCUUCGUUAACGGCAACGUGAUGAAUCCUGGGGGCGGGGGUGGGGGCGCUGGUGGCAGCGCGAUCGCCAUUGCGACCACCUGCCCACCUGCCAAUCGCUCUCGUGCCAGAGCCAUGUCAAUGAGGAGCUUACAUCGACGAGUCUCGCAUCCUUGUCACGGAAGUGACAACAGUCGACACAACGGCAGUAGCAGCAGUGACAAGCAUGAAAAGCGUCCGUCACAGAAGCUCGAAACCUCCUGGCCAUUUUUCCUGGAGGGCGAGGGCGUUGGUGGCCGUGCCGCUUCCGGGGGCGGGGGAGGAGGGGGUGGCAGAAGAGCACCGAGUCUUCGUCUCGUAAACGGUAGAGCAACAACGGGGGUUGGCCUUCACACGAGCAGCACCGAAUCCGUCCGUUCACCCCAUCAACAUCUCGGCCAUCCGAACAACCAUAACAACAACAACAAUAACAACAACAACAAUUGUUACGCCGCCAAUAAUACAACAGGAAACAUUUAUCCUAGGCUCAACAAGGAUGACAGUAUCAAAAUCAGCAUCGAGAACACCAACACUUGUACGGACAGCCUCGUCACCGCUUUAGACGACGAGACUCUUCUCAUCACUGACUUCCUCGGCGAUACCGGCAACGAGAUGAAUUACAAAGGGAGCGGUAAGGUCCACUUCGGGGUCGACGAUGUCUCCCUUUAUGGGACCCCGAAGGAGGAAUUGGGCCCGGGUCUACCGGGACAGGAGGUCAAGCAGAGCUUCAUCCGAAACCAACUGCAAGCACUUUUUCAACCUACGGACAACAAGCUUGCGAUGAAGCUCUUCGGUAGCAAAAAGGCCCUUAUGAAAGAACGAAUAAGGCAGAAGGCCGCGGGUCACUGGGUCAUACAUCCUUGCUCCAGUUUUCGAUUUUAUUGGGAUCUCUGUAUGCUGUUACUCCUAGUGGCGAAUCUAAUUAUUCUGCCAGUCGCCAUUAGUUUUUUCAAUGACGAUCUGAGCACUCGAUGGAUAGCCUUCAACUGCCUUUCGGACACGAUAUUCCUCAUAGACAUUGUCGUCAACUUCAGAACGGGCAUAAUGCAACAAGACAACGCGGAACAGGUUAUACUGGAUCCAAAGUUGAUAGCAAAACACUACCUCAGGACUUGGUUCUUUCUUGACCUCAUCUCCUCCAUACCGCUAGACUACAUUUUCCUCAUAUUUAAUCAAUUUCAGGACUUCAGCGAGUCUUUCCAAAUUUUGCACGCUGGUCGUGCUCUAAGGAUUCUCAGGCUCGCUAAGCUACUAUCACUCGUAAGGCUGCUACGACUGUCGAGACUGGUGCGAUAUGUUUCGCAAUGGGAAGAAGUCUAUAUCCCCCUUUAUCAACAGCCGGAGAGGCACUACGAGCGACGGGCUACACCGCCCCAACCAGACCGAACGAGCAAGAUAUUGCAGAACCUACAAAAAAAACGCACUGAGCGGAGGGGGCGCCUAAGCUCUGACAAUAUGAAUAAAAAGAAGUCCGGUUUCAGCAAAAGCGACCUUAUUUUUAAGUUCCUCAACAUGGCGUCAGUUUUUAUGCGGAUCUUUAAUUUGAUCUGCAUGAUGCUUCUCAUUGGACACUGGAGCGGCUGUCUUCAAUUUCUUGUUCCCAUGCUCCAAGGAUUUCCCAGCAACUCUUGGGUUGCCAUCAACGAAUUACAGGACUCGUUUUGGCUGGAGCAAUAUUCGUGGGCGCUUUUCAAAGCGAUGUCUCACAUGUUGUGCAUCGGUUACGGGAGGUUUCCACCCCAAUCUUUAACCGAUAUGUGGCUAACGAUGCUCAGUAUGAUCAGCGGGGCGACCUGUUACGCCCUGUUCCUCGGUCACGCCACCAAUUUGAUUCAGUCUCUCGAUUCCUCGAGAAGACAGUAUCGAGAGAAGGUGAAGCAAGUGGAGGAAUACAUGGCCUAUCGAAAAUUACCGAGGGAGAUGCGCCAACGGAUCACCGAAUAUUUCGAGCACCGUUACCAGGGCAAAUUCUUCGACGAGGAACUCAUUCUCGGCGAACUUUCGGAAAAACUCAGAGAGGACGUGAUUAAUUACAACUGCAGAUCUCUCGUCGCCUCGGUUCCCUUCUUCGCUAACGCCGAUUCCAACUUUGUUUCUGACGUCGUGACGAAAUUACGAUACGAAGUCUUCCAGCCAGGCGACAUAAUAAUAAAAGAAGGGACGAUCGGCUCGAAAAUGUAUUUCAUACAGGAAGGGAUCGUCGAUAUCGUAAUGGCGAACGGGGAAGUCGCGACCUCGUUAUCGGACGGCUCUUACUUCGGUGAGAUCUGUCUUCUGACGAACGCACGCCGCGUAGCGUCCGUCAGGGCGGAGACUUACUGUAAUCUGUUCAGCCUCUCGGUGGAUCAUUUCAACGCGGUUCUCGAUCAAUAUCCGCUAAUGCGUCGUACCAUGGAGAGCGUUGCCGCCGAGAGGUAUAAACUUUGGUUGAACAAAAUCGGCAAAAAUCCAAAUUUGGUCGCCCACCGGGAAGAAGAUCUCGGCAGUGAAUCUAAAACGAUAAGCGCUGUCGUUAACGCCCUUGCUGAGCAGGCCGCCCACGCGAGUGCCAGCGAGGAAUCGGUGCACAGUAUGGAGCUGAGAGCGUUACCGACGGGUCUUUUGCCGAGGCCAAAGUCCGAGAACAACUUUGCGAGUCAAGAGCUCACGAGAGAAGGACGAAGGAUCUUCCACAAGAGCGACACGUUUCACAAGGACUCGUAUCAAUGACGACACUCGUCCUACUAGCACACGCAGAGAUAUUAAACGUGCUCGCCGUGAAGAAACCUCUCGUCUCGAGGGAACGUUUUUUUUUUUGUCGUUGGUAUUACAAUUUCAUCGAUGAGGACGAUGACGACGAGUACGACGAACGGCGGUAUCAUCGAGAAAAGGUUAAAAUCUCUUCCGCACAACGAAUAAAAAAGAAAAUUAUCGAAAAAAAACCGAUGAACUAUGGGAGAGAAGAAGAAAAACGUUCCAUUAAAAGUCUGGACAUAAACCGGAAGGAAAUAAAAAAAGAGACGACGAAGAAGUCGAGGUUUUUGGUAAUUCUCGUCGAAAAUUUCCGGCCUGGCGUCCACGCGAAAACUCGAAAAAAAAAAAUCAAAAGAAGAAAACAGAGACGAGGGUCGCGCGAGCCGUUUUUGUUUUCUGCGAGCCACGAAAAGAGAAGAGGAAUUCUGUGCUAAAAAUUCACCAGAGACUUUAACGGCGAGAUUCGUGAGAAAAAUAAAUGUUGAGAUUGGUUUUCGGAGAAAUAUCACGUGAUCGGUCGUUUCUCGACGUACGAGUCCAAUGGAAACUCCGAAGAACGAGAAAAGAAUGGAAGAGGCUCAACGAAUAAUAUAAAUCGAGAGAAAAGCUUUUUGAGCUCUUCGACGACCAAACAAAGUUCUCGAAUAGGAUGGUGCGAAGCUUGGUCAACGUGAAAUAGAAGAAAUAUGCAUAAAAAGAUAAGCUCUUGAGCCGUUCCGAGUCAAAGUUCCCUCCACGGCCGCUCUUCGUGUCACCCACCGGAUGCGUUGUCUUCCAGCUCCAAGGGUCUUGAACCUGGAAUUACGAGGGAGGAUUUUCACUAGGAACGGUUUUAAAGUUUUGUCUCGCGAUAAAUGGCCUUCCUUAGUAAUAAUGAGAGUGGUAAGCUCGCUGUAUGAAACAAAACAAAAACCAAGUACUAAACGAAUACGAAACCCGAGCUCGAAGCCCAAGAGAUUUCGAGGAGUGAGAAUUGCCGGAGAGCUCGAAAUAUGGGCUUGCAUCACGAGGGAGAAGAAAAAAUUCAUGAUUCAUUGUUAACGAAUUUUCCGAAUAGUACAUAUUUAAAUAAUCCCUCGAUAAUGUAAUGCAAAGACUCUCGUCUCGAAGGUUACGCGCAGUGAUGAGAAACCAAGGUGAAGGAACUAUAAAUAAUAGAUGUGAGAGCAAAAUUGCGCAUAUAUAUAUAUAUAUAUACAAAGAUAUAUUAUAUAAAGGUAUGAGAGGGCGAGAUUGAGGAGAGAUUUAGAGCGCGAUUAUAUAGAAAUAUUUCGGGCCCAUGGACCAUGUUAAGUUGUUGAGAGUUCUAUGGGCCUCCGAGGCGAAAGGAUUCGUCGAUAAUUAGGAGAAGAACAAUACGAGUUUCGAACGACGCAACGGAAGCGAAGGAAAAGUAAAAAAAAAACGAAGGAAAAGAGAUAAAGAAACGGACAGACAGACAGACAGACAGACAGACAGACAGACACACACACACACAACACACACGCGAAAAAAUUGAAAGUCGAAAAAACGAAAUGUGUGCGAACAGGAAAUAUCUUUUUACGAGAUUAACCAAACAAAACAAACGCGAUGUACUGUAAAGAAUAAAUAUAUACGACACAA